UUGAGACGCCUAAGGCAGUUUUGCCGAAUUAGCAGAAAAGACGCCGUUAAAAGGCGUUAUACGAAGAAGCAUGAGUGGGUAUGCGUGGAGAACAAUGUUGGCACUGUGGGAAUCACUUGUUUUGCUCAAGAAGCACUUGGAGAUAUAGUUUACGUAGAAUUACCAGAUGUUGACUCCGAAAUAGCAGCUGGUGAUUCUGUUGGUGCUGUUGAAAGUGUUAAAGCUGCAUCUGAUAUUUAUUCUCCUGUUUCUGGCAAGGUUAUGGAAAAGAAUUGUGAAGUUGAAGAAAAUCCAGCUUUAAUCAACAAGUCUCCUUAUGACGAAGGAUGGUUAUUCAAACUGAAAUUGUCCAAGAAAGAGGAAUUAAAUGAACUGAUGGAUGAAGUGGCCUAUAACGCAUUUAAAAAAAUGGAUGAAGAAAAUGCGCACUGA